CUCGCCGCUUUGAUUUAGCGCCACGAUUUUGGUAUCGCCGAAAAUCGUAGCGUUGUGCAUCUCCCUAUUCAUCUCUGGUUCAGUGAAUAGAGUUUCACGAUCUGUAUAUAAAAUCGAGGUUUAUGCACUCAUUGAUGUAUUCUUGUUUAUUUAAAAACAGUAAUUGUUCAUUCUUAUACAAAUGUCUAGUACUGAGAAAAUUAAUUUAGACAGUUUCUGUCGAGCAUUACCAAAGGUGGAAUUACACGCGCAUUUGAAUGGAUCUCUGAGCUUACGCAUUAUGAAGAAACUGUACGAGUUACAACAUUCUGACGGAAGAAUAUUAAUGGAUUUACCAAAUAUCGAAGAACCAAAUUCCCUUGAAGAAUGUUUUCAGUUGUUUCCUAUUGUUCACUCAUUAACGAGCACGUCUGAGGCUGUUUUCAUUGCUACAUGUGAUAUGAUUGGAGAAUUUUAUGACGAUGGUGUUAUUUAUUUGGAAGUGAGAAGCACUCCACGUGCUGUGGAUGGAGUAAUGACGAAGAAGGAAUAUGUCGAGGCAAUAAUUCGAGGCAUAAUAACGUCCAAAAAUCGAUAUCCAGAGAUUUUAGUGAAAUAUUUAAUUUCCGUCGAUCGCAUGAAAGGGUAUGAAUCUGCCAAGCAGAACAUAGAAUUAGCCAUUGAAAUGAUUGAGCAAUAUCCGGAUUAUGUUGUAGGCCUUGAUCUAAGUGGUGAUCCCAGCAAAGGCAGUGCUUUUCUUGAGCUUUUGGAAAAAUCUAGAAAAGCUGGUCUUAAGAUUACUGCUCACUGUGCUGAGGUUCCAAACGAAAUUGAGAUUAUGGAUAUCUUGAAUUUCAAACCCGAUCGACUUGGACACUGUACCUGCAUUCACCCCACUUUAAAUGGAAAGGAAGAACUUUUUCAAAGACUUAUUCAGUCUAACAUUCCCAUAGAACUUUGUUUAACUUCAAACAUCAAAUGCGGAACUGUACCUUCCUACGACUUGCAUCAAUUCAAAUAUCUUUAUGAAGCUGGCCACCCGAUAUGCAUUGCUCCCUUUACGCCCCAUCUAGCAGCAUUGCUGGCAUAAAAACUAACGGCGAAGAAAAUGCGUAAAGUAUGAAGGGUUAAUUCGUCAGCAGGAGUAUCCUUUUUUAACGUCUCACUCUCAUCACUGUGUUAUUCUACAGGUUGACUCGUGUCGAGUGAAAGAAAUGCCCAUAACGGGUUUUCUUGCAAGUUAAAAAUUCAGCAAUACGACAAUAAUACUUUUAAACAGUGUUAAAACCUUUCAAAAUGUAGCAUCAUGAAUCUAAACAAACCACCCUCAUGAUACAAUUGCACUGAUACAAUUUUUUAAAACUUCUAUUAAAUUUCACAAUCACCUCAUUGGUCAAGAAAACUUUUCAAGCAUUAUCCUAAUAUUGCAGUUACUAUACUUAAAAUGAUAUCACUUUAAGUAAGAAGGAAAUAUUUUAAGCAACUUUAAUAACUACAAUUUUAAUAAUUUCAGACUGAUGACAAGGGUGUUUUUAACACGUCACUAUCAAAGGAAUUUGAGUUGGCUGCUCGACAUUUUCAAUUGUCACAAGACACUCUAUGUCAAUUAACAAUAAACUCUGUGAAGUACAGCUUUGCCAGCGAAAUAGAAAAGUCACGUUUGACCGACGUAAUUAAUGCCUUCAGAUUUCAAUCAGUAUCCACAGUCAGUAACACUAAGUGAAUAAGGUCACAUAUUGCAUAAACCUACCAACAGAAACAUGCAAUAUGUAACUAUUACUGUGACAUUUGCAACAGAUACAGACUACGAUGCAGCAUUGCCAUAAAUUGCAUGAUAAAACGCUCAGACUUCCUUUAUGGCUCGUUAAAUAAUUUUCUAAUUAUGCAAACUCGGUAAACUUUCAAUAAACCAGGGGCUACGAACACAACCAACGAUUAGUUGCCUGUAUUUUCUUAUAAUAAAAACAGGUUCAUAAAUAAUACCAGCGUUUAAAACUGA